UUUGUUAAAUUUUUUAAGAAAUCUUCCAACAAAAAAAACCAUACCAAAAACCACCAGCUAUUUAAAUAUGACCGCCUUAAAAGUAUUUGUCCUCUUGGCCGCUGUGCUAGCUUUGGCUUAUGCCGCACCUUCACCCGGCUUCUUUGGCAAACAUGAACAUCACACCAUUCACGUGCCAUACAAUGUACACACCAUUCAUCAUCAUCAUGUCAAGAAGGUACCCAUUUACAAGGAAAUCGUUAAGGAGGUGCCCGUUUACAAGGAAAUCGUCAAAGAGGUUCCUGUUGUAAAGGAAGUUCAUGUGCCCGUCUACAAAGAAGUGCAUGUGCCCGUGUACAAAGAAGUCCAUGUACCCGUACAUGUCCAUCAUGAGGAACAUCACGAUCAUCAUGAUCAUCACGAUUAUGAUUCGCACAAAGGAUGGUCAUCAUCUGGUGGUUGGUAAUAAGUAGUUAAUUUCUUAAAUAUUUAGUUAUUAGGUUAAAUUGUUUUUAUUUAGGCCUUUGUAGUUAUAAAAAUUUAAAUCAUAGUUAAGAUUUAACUAUGGUUUAAAUUUUGUUAGGUAAACAGGUCUUACCCUCAUAAUCACGAUGUCUGGUUAUAUGUUAAUUUAUAGUUAUACAGUCACUAUAACUUUAAGUUAACUUAUAACCAGAUAUUGGGAUAAUGAGGUUUAUUGUUAAGUUUUAAGUUGAAUCUUGUGUACAAUAAAUAAUGUCAUUUUAUUAAAAAAAAACUCAUUGUAAAUAUAAUAUUUCCCAUUUGUAACAUUUUUUUGAAAACGAGUCAAAAUAAAAUUUUAAAAAUAUUAUAAAAAAAACAUAAA